AUGUCAAGCAUCUAUCCAGAUCCCUGCAAAGUGUGGUCCGAAUUCGUUCCAACUUAUCUCAAGUAUCACCGUAGUGGGAACACUUCUGAGGCUACUGUGCAGUUGGUAGAGACAGCUAAUGCGGCCCUCCCAUUCUCAAAAGCAUCCACAAUUCUAGACGUUGGCUGCGGCGGGGGCCAAAUCGUCAAUUACAUUAUGGAGAGAUACAACACUGUGCUCCCGGAAAACGCACGUAUUGUUGCAUUAGACUUCGUGGAGGGCAUGGUCAAUCUGGUGCGUGAGCAGCAGAGGGAUCACAUCAAUCGCGGGGACGCAGUGUGGGGGCAGCUUGAAACGGCGGAGCUCGAUGCUACGGAUCUAUCCAGCAUCAAAGAUGGGGAAUGCAGCCACGUUCUCGCCGGGUUUGUAUACAGCGGCAUACCGGAUUCCGCCAAAGCAAUCAAGGAAGCACAUCGCAUCCUCCAAGACGGUGGAAUUGUUGCGUUAACCAAUAUGAGGGACGCUGAAUGGCUGGACUUGCUACAGGUUGUCAAAGAAAUUAGGCAGGACUUGCCGGAGACCCCGACGGCAGAAUCGUUUGCACCGACGUGGUUUGAGGAUGCCGGCACAAAGGCGCAUUUGGAGAAUGCUGGCUUUCGAGAUGUUAAGAUUCGGAGGAUUCCAAUUCAUUAUGGGGCCAAGUCGUACCAGGAUCUGAGGGGAAAACUGUUCGACACUGUGCCGUUCAUGCCGAAAUGGCUUAAGCAGAUGUCUGAAGAAGAGAUUGAGAGGGCAAAGGACCUGCUGGUUGAGCGGGUGAGCAAAGUGCAUACAAGUGAGCCAAUUGCCCUUUUCGGAACGGCUACACUGGCUAUUGGGAGAAAGUAG